AUGACAGCCAAAUCCAAUUGGUCUCUCGCUUUAUUGGAGGUCUCCGACAACAGCUCCAAACAGCUAUGGUUCAGUUUGAUCCGACAACCGUGGGCGACGCAUAGGCGCGCUGCAACGUUUGAACAGCAAUCCUGUUCAUCGAACUGGAACAAUUCAUCUCGACCAAAACAACAGGACGCAACAAGUAACACAACACCGGCAAAAGAUGCAACCGAUGAGGGCAAAACACCUACACCGGAAGAGCAAACACUUCGCCGGUCAAACCGCCCAAACGCCCUCCGUUGUUAUUCAUGUGGGGAGCACGUACAUCAACAGACGGCUUGUCCACACGCAACACGCAGGGGUCUCAUCGUAGAGGAUCAACAUAAUGACGAGGAAGUAUACGAUUCCCAAGAGGAAGACAAAGAUGACAAAUACAUGCCUCUUCCGAUGACGGGCAGUUGUCGGAAUGUCAUAUCCGACGAGGCUGUCACAAAACUCGGCCUGGCCAGAGAAAAACACCCGUCACCUUAUACACUGGGGUGGCUUAAUGAUAGCGCUACGGUUCGUAUAUCCGAACGAGCACUCGUCUUCUUCUCCAUUGGACCUCAUUACAAGGAUCGGAUUUACUGCGAUAUAACUCCAAUGGACAUUAGCCACUUAUUGUUUGGAAGGCCAUGGGAGUUUGAUCACAAGGUAAUGCAUAGUGGAGCCGACAACACUUACCAAUUCAUGUGGAACAAUCACAUAAUCUUGCUUCUUCCGUCUAAAGAAACAGUGACUCCACUAACGUCCAUCCCCAAGGUCCCAUCUCCAGCUCAUUUGCCGUCAAAAACCAAAGCAACAUUGCUUUGCUUGUAUAAGUCAUUCAAAUCCGAGCUCAAAGCCGAGGGAAUGGCAUUCGCGUUGCUACCAUCUCCCAUCACCAAAGUCUUCAUGGUGACAUCAAGACAGUCCUCGACGAGUUUCAUGAUGUAUUCCCAGGCGACUUGCUAA